CCACAACUAAUCUCACCAAUCCUUUUGUCAAGCACAUGCCCUCUUUUUUCUCUUUCAACUUAUCUUCCAACUGUUUCAUAUCUCACCAUACUUUUAUAUAAGCUGCUUCCCACACACCCUCUUCACAUAUCAUCCAAUCCCACCAACUUCCUUUUACUAUAAUCCCAUCUUCACCAUCCAUAAACCUAUUUGCGUUUCGACAAUACCCUGCAACUGCAAGCAAUUGAAAAUAUAUCACAACAAAAUAUGAACCAUGUUGCCCAUAUUGCUUAUGAUUUGGUCAUGAUCACUCUAUCCAUAUCUCUCAUCGUUCUUGGCGUUAUUCUCUUUCUUGCUUGCAAGAAGAAACCGGUUGAAUCAGAAGAAACACUUCCUGUGAAGCUUUGUGCUCGGGCAUACCCUUUGAUGGAAAUUGAUGCUGCCACUGAUGGCUUCAAUCAUAGGAGAAUUGUGGGUAAGGGUCGCUUAGGAACUGUGUAUGCUGGGACACUUGAGAAAGAAGAACUUGUAGCCGUGAAGAGGAUUCACCCAGUUCUUGUGUUGAGCAAUGCAGGGUUUGGAUUCUCAUCCGUGUUAAAAUGGCUCUCUUUAGCUCAACACCCCAACGUUGUUCCAAUUAUAGGAUUCUCAGAAGCACCGGGUGAGAGAGUUAUAUUGAUGGAGUUUGUGCGCAUGGCAAGCUUGGAUUUUUACUUGCAUCAAAACCCAGAUGGGGCCUCACUUUUGGACUGGAACAAGAGGUUGAGGAUUGCAGCUGGAGCAGCUAGAGGGCUUCAAUACCUGCAUGAAGUGGUGGCACCAAACAUUGUACACGGGUGUGUUAAGUCCUCUAAUAUUCUUAUUGAUGUAAAUUUUUGUGCUAGAAUUUCCGAUUACGGGCUUAACUUUUUGGCACCUGUGGAAAAGAGAGGGCUAGUGGGUUAUGUAGAUGAUGAGUAUUGGAAUGAAAGGAGGAGUGGUGGAGCUACCAAGGAAAGUGAUAUUUAUGGGUUAGGGGUGGUCUUGUUGGAGCUUUUGAGUGGGAGAGGGUGUGAGGGAGGAUUGUUGGUGAAGUGGGCUUUGCCUUUGAUCAAGGAUUUGAAUUUUAGUGAACUUUUGGAUCCUAGAUUGGUCAUUCCUUCUGACAUGAAGCCUCUUGUUAGAUUAGCCAAAGUUGCUUCAGCUUGUGUUGGCAAUUCACGGAAAUGUAGGCCUUGCGUGGCUCAAGUGGCAACCAUUUUGAGCAAUUUAGAAACGGAAGUGUGUCUCUAAUAUUCUUAUUGAUGGAGCAAUUUUGUACCAAAAAAUGGACUUGGAUUCGGUUGUUAACUGGGAAUACAAAAGGCACGCAUUUUUUGGUCAGCAAUAAAUCCUCACAUGGUAAGUUAAAUUGGUUAAAAGGAGGAGGACAAUACUGAGAUGAGUUUGGUGAGUUUGACAUUCAUUGGAUGCGAGUAAUUGGUAAGAAAAUUGGUAGAUUUUGAUGGGGGAGUGGUCUCAUCCUAAAGUUGUGACAGGUGGAGAAGUCGUAGGUUGAUUUGGUGGGGAAUUUUGAAAUAGAAAGGUGUGACGGUGCCGUCGCCCUUAGGACGCUGAAUCUUAUUAAUCUCUUGUUCCGUGGAUCGUGGGGAUCCUUUUGGUCAUGGAACUGACCUUUUCUUUUCUUUCCUUUUUCUUAGUCUUUAUUUCCAUCAGCUUUUAAUGUCUGUAUAUGUUUUUUUUUUCAGCUUUUGUGAAUGUGAUUACGUAAUCAUCCAAAGUUGUAGAUUUUGAGGACUUAAUAUAAAUAUUGAUUUUAGUUUCCAGAGAAUUACAUAUGUCUUGUGAAAGAGAAGGAGUGGGAGAGAACAAAUCCCGGAAUAGAGUAUAUUUUAUAGGAAAUUAAAUUUAUAUAUUUACAAUUUAUGUUUC